UAGGCUGGCUGGACAUUCUCUUCGUCGUCGCACAGUCUCAGAGCUCGGCCGCCUCUCCAUCUCAGUCUCAGAGCUCGAAACCCUAAUUUCCAUCUUACCUCAUUACAGUUACAGAGAGAGAGAGAGAGAGAGAGAGAGAGAGAGAGAGAGAGAGAGAGAGAGAGAGAGAGAGAGAGAGAAAUGGCGUUUCAGCUAUUCGGGCGCAGCAGGAGCGUGACAAAGCGUUCUCCCAAGUAUUUGGACGAAGCUCUGUACAAGAAACUCUUCAAAGAUGGAAGUUCGGAAAUGAGUGUUCGUCAGCAACUCAAUCAGUUCCUCAAGAGCCGAAAGCGAGUGUUCAAAUGGGAGGUUGAUGAUACACUCAAGAAGCUUCGAGAUCGAAACCUUUACAGCCCCGCUAUCAAACUCUCAGAAGCUAUGGCGAAAAGGGGAACGAACAAGACAAUCAGUGAUCAGGCUAUUCAUCUUGAUUUGAUUGCUAAAUCUAGGGGGAUUCCUGCUGCAGAAACUUAUUUCAUUGAUCUUCCUGAAUCUUCUAAGAACCAUCUGUGUUAUGGUGCAUUACUCAACUGUUACUGCAAGGAAUUAAUGACUGACGAAGCUGAAGCUCUUAUGGAGAAGAUGAAGGAACUCAGUCUUCCUCUAAGUUCAAUGCCUUAUAAUAGCUUAAUGACCCUUUAUGAAAAAACUGGGAAGCCGGAAAAAAUUUCUGCCAUUGUACAAGAAAUGAAGGCUAGUAGUGUUAUGCUGGAUACAUUUUCAUAUAAUAUCUGGAUGCGAGCUCAUGCUGUUGUCAAUGACAUCUCUGGGGUUGAAAGGGUUAUUGAUGAGAUGAAGAGAGAUGGCCGAGCUGUCAGUGAUUGGACCACAUAUAGCAACUUAGCAUCAAUUUAUGUUAAUGCUGGCUUGUUUAAGAAGGCAGAAACUGCACUCAAGGAAUUGGAGAAGAAAAACUCGCACAAGGAUCUUUCUGCUUUUCAAUUUCUAAUUACAUUAUAUGGUCGAACAGGAAAUCUUCUUGAAGUUUAUCGUAUAUGGCGAUCUUUAAGAUUGGCGUUUCCUAAAACUGCAAAUGUAAGUUACCUGAACAUGAUUCAAGUGUUGGUUAAUUUGAAUGAUCUACCUGGUGCAGAGAAGUGUUUCAGGGAAUGGGAAUCAUGGUGCUCAACUUACGAUAUUCGUAUUGCAAAUACUAUUAUUGGAGCUUAUGCUAAAGAAGGGCUACUAGACAAGGCUCUGGAGUUGCAGGAGCAUGCCCGCCGAAGAGGGGCCAAACCUAAUGUGAAAACCUGGGAGAUCUUUUUCGAUUAUUAUUUGAAGAAUGGAGAUUUUAAGUCGGCAGUUGACUGUGUCACCAAUGCGAUUUCCACUGGCAGAGGAAAUGGCAAAAAGUGGAUUCCAUCUGAUGAAAUUGUCAAUACCUUAAUGCAGAAUUUUGAGCAAGAGAAAGAUGUAGAUGGCGCCGAAGGUUUUGUGGAGAUUUUGAAAAAGGUUGUAGAUACCUUAGAGGUGGAGGUGUUCGAAUCAUUAAUAAGGACUUAUGCUGCUGCCGGAAGGACAAGCCAGGCUAUGCGUCGCCGGUUGAAAAUGGAGAAUGUGGAAGUGGGUGAAGCCAGUGAGAAACUGCUCGAGUCAAUAUGUGUGGAGUAAUUUGAUUUUCAAUUGACUCUGCCAGUUUUUAUUUUAUUUUUUAUUUUUUUUUCAAUGUAAGAUUGAUGUGAUUGACUAAUAAGCUCUUUCCAUUAAAGUGAAGAAGAUGCUUGGUUAAA